AUGAGCCGCCGCACGAGUACUACGCGCGACUAUAAAAGCCGCGGCGCCAGCCGGGCUGCAGGAGGCGAGCGGGCGCUGGCGCGACGCAGCCGGACAGGGCCGCGUGCCUGUCCGCGAGCGCUGGGGCGGAGAAAGGCGGGAGUCGCGGGGGAGGAAGAGCAGCAGCGCCCCCAGCUGCGGGUGACGGAGGCACUCCCCUGCACCCCUUCCUUCCGCGGGCAGCGCGCCGGCACCUUGGCUGUAGAUUGCGUACUGCCCGGGCCACCCUCAGUAACAGUCUCCAGUCACGGCCACCGACGCCUGGCCCCGCCCCAGGACCUCGGACCCGGCCACCUGCCCCGCCCCCGGCCCCUCUGUCCCUUGGGGUCCCCCGCCCCGCUCGCAGAUCGCGCCGCCGCUGUCCGCGGUGCUGAUCCAGAGCAAGCUCCGCUGUCAGGCGUCCCUUCCCUGGUCCCCAGGGGCUGCGAGGGGCGGCUGGCCCACACACACACCGCACAGCCCCGAAGCAGUGCAGCGCUGGGUCGCCGCCGCGUGCGCCGCCCCCGCCCCCCAAUAGCAGUCUUUACGUCAGCCCGACUGGAGCUGCCGCGCGCCCCGCCCCCGCGUCUCCAGGGCAACCGUGGCUUUCGAUUGUUACUGUGGGAACCGGAGGUAACAGUCUACAGCCAUGGUCGCCCCGCAGCACGCCCACGCGCCGCGCCACGCCGCUCAGUGCCAACCCAGUGCUGGAUCCCAAUUGGAGACUAUCUCAGAUUAGUCCUAAAGAGGGGGAGUGAAUCAGGGGGGCCUAUUGUGCCAGUGAAGUGUGAGCAAUGACCUCUCCAAAAACGUUGUGUAGGUCAUCUACCACCACCAAUGUCACCUACGGCAGGGGCUGACUGUUGGGUAUUGGGUGCAGGACUUCCCUAGGGACAGUACUGGGAAUGAUUAAUGCAACCCAGCCCUGCCAACAAUUAAUCCAAUUUUUGUCUUUACCUUUCCAUACCCCCUCCUUUUCUUCAUUAAUUUUUAAUUUAUUUUUACCCCUUCCUCUUCUAAAUUUCUAAGACAGUUGGUGCCGGUUUCACAGCUAGUGGGUGCUCAUGUGCUGCCUUCCUCCCACCCAGGGACCCUGGGGUCACAUAUCAAAAUGCAGUUGAUUCUGGAAUCCAGCGGACAUCACAGGCAGAUGCAGUGCACGUAGGUGGGAGCAUGCACUACGAAGCAGGCGGUCCAACCAGGCUUUGUCACCAACUGGUUGUUACUUAAGGAGCUGUGUCGCUUCUAGCUUCUGAGCUUUCUGUAAAAUGAGAUGAUCCUUUUGGGCAAGCCUGAUGUGAGGAUCAAAUAGGAUAAUGUAAGUAGAAACCAUUUAAAGCCACAAAAUACUAUUUUGCUCUUAAGUACUA